AUGUUUCUUAGCAUCUAUGUUUUCUCCAUCCUGCUUGUCACAGGAGUUUGCUUGCAGUGUGAAUACUGCAGUAGCAGCACCGAAUCAUGUACUGGUGUAGCGCACAUCUGCCGACCAUCUGAAAAUGCCUGCAUUACCCUCACUGUGGAGACCACCAUUGGACAUGACAAAUGGUUGGCAACAUAUAAGGGCUGCACCAAACUGAAGCAUUGCCCUCCAUCUCCCAUGAGCUUCACCUUCCCUUCACAGCGCAGACGGAAAGCUUCCAUGUGCUGCCGCAAGGAUCUUUGCAACAGUGGACAAGUGACAUUGCCAAAACUAGGGGUCAUACCAAAUGGACUGAAGUGCCCUGGGUGUUUCUCAGAGGAUCCCAGAUGUGUACCCACAGAGAUAAUCAGCUGCAAUGGAUGGGAAACCAAUUGCAUCUACUAUGAUGUGUCUGUUGAACAUGAAGGACAAAUCUACCAUCAUGCCAAACGUGGCUGUGGGACCAAGCAUGCCUGUACCAAUGAGCCACGCAUUUAUGGAGUUCCUGGAUUGUACAUGGAAAUUGUGAAGAGUCCUCAGUGUACUCCUGCUCCCAAAAUAGUUGCCAAACCUGACAAGAACUAG